AUGCCAAACAACAUGGAAUCUCGCUCUCUUUUAUAUCCUGUAAUUUAUGACCUUAAUUUUUCAUAUAAAAUUUGGCAAACAUCAAAUGAGGGCUUCUCUAAAUAUAAUUCCAAGUCUGACAUUUGUAGUGUAGACAUGUUUAUUGAUACCCUCCGCAUAAUAUCUGGACUUUUGCUCUUUAAUGCAAUCAGCUCAUACGUAUUCACCGGAACCUCCACUUGGGGGUAUAAAGGGAAGUGGACAAACACGGAAUACCUCUAUCACCGGUUACGUGGGUCUCCUCUGAGGAAAUACACAAUUGAAUCACUGGAAGCGUCACUCCAUUCGACCAGGUAUUUAUUGUCAAUCAAUAAGCAAGUGUUUGAUGUCACGGCUGGUGGCGACACAUAUAAUCCACACAAGAAGCUGAAAUCCAAAUACUCUACAUUUGUGGGCCGAGAUUGCACACGGAUGUUCAUCAAUGGAUGUUUCCACGAUAUGGAACAAUGUACGUGGGAUUUGAGAAAUAUUGGAUUUGACAAUGAAUGGGUCGAGAAGACAGUUGACCAUUGGGUUAGGUUUUACGAAAACCAUCCUAGAUAUUGGAAGGUUGGUUACCUGGAGGCUGAUUCGCCCAACGAGGAACCAAAACAGUGUCUCAGUGGUGUUAGAUACCCAGGCCAAUAA